AUGGAGCUGUUUUUUACAGUUUUGGGAGGCAUGGUCAUUUUGCUGAUGUGUCUGCAUGUUUCCUUUCCAUAUUUUGUGCACGAUUGCCAGUAUAUUUUUACAUUUCUUGGCAUAAGGUCACAGAGGCUGAAGUACACAAAAAAUAACUACACCAUCCUGGACUGUUUUUUAGACAGAGUGAAAAAACAACCUGAAAAACCUUUCAUUGUGUUUGAGGGUAAAACAUACUCUUACCUGGAACUGGAUAAACAGAGCAACAAAGCUGCAAGAGCCUUACAGAGCCACGGGAGUCUGAGAGAGGGAGACAUCGCUGCUCUUUUCCUAGGAAAUGAACCUUCUUUUGUGUCUAUAUGGCUGGGUCUGGCGAAGAUAGGAUGUGCAGCUGCACUGCUAAAUUACAAUAUCAGGUCAAAAUCUUUGUUGCAUUGCUUCUCCUGCUGUGAGGCAAAGGUUCUCAUCGCUGCAGCGGAGCUGAGAGAUGCUGUUGAGGAGGUGCUGCCAGCACUGCAAGACCAGAACAUCUCAGUCUUCCUCCUCAGUGCAGAAUGUGACACAGUGGGGAUCGAAACCCUCACUGAUAAAAUCAGCCGUGCCUCCGAUGAGCCCCUCUCGCCAGACCUGCGCUCACACGUUACGAUGAAGUCCCCAGCAUUAUACAUCUACACCUCUGGCACAACAGGUCUUCCCAAAGCUGUCACACUGCCUCAGCACAAGAUCUGGGCAGCAAGUUUCUUUCAAGCAAUUAUAGGAGUUACCUCGAAGGAUGUGAUCUAUGUGAAUCUUCCUCUGUACCAUUCUUCUGGAUUACUUAUCGGAGUAACUUCUGCAAUUGAAAGAGGUAUAACAGUUGUUUUGAAGCGCAAAUUCUCUGCCUCUCAGUUCUGGGAUGACUGCAGGAAAUACAAUGUUACAGUGAUACAGUACAUCGGUGAAGUAAUGCGAUACCUCUGCAACACUCCAAAGAAAAUCAAUGACCGAGACCACAGAGUUAGACUGGCUGUGGGCAAUGGCAUCAGGGCCGAUGUUUGGAGAGAGUUUGUGAAUCGCUUCGGCUGCGUCAAAAUUAAAGAGCUGUAUGCAGCCACAGAAGGAAACAUGUCUUUCAUGAACUAUGCUGGAAAAAUUGGUGCAGUUGGAAGAGUUAAUUACUUCCACAGGAAAAUUUUCUCCUAUGCACUCAUUAAGUAUGACAUAGAAAGAGAUGAGCCAGUGAGGGAUGCCCAUGGUCUGUGUGUUGAAGUUCCCAAAGGAGAAACGGGGUUGUUUGUGUCAAAGGUCACAGAAUUUGCACCUUUUUCUGGAUAUGCAAACAAUCCUCAGCAAACGGAGAAGAAGCGCCUGCAGAACGUUUUUCAGAAAGGAGAUCUGUACUUCAACAGUGGAGACCUGCUGAGGAUUGAUCAUGACAAUUUUGUCUAUUUCCAGGACCGUGUUGGGGACACUUUCAGAUGGAAAGGGGAGAAUGUGGCCACAAAUGAAGUGUCAGAUGUCCUCACAAUGAUGGAUUUUAUCAAGGAGGCAAAUGUGUAUGGUGUUCAUGUGCCAGGCCAUGAAGGGAGGAUAGGAAUGGCAGCAGUAAUGCUGAGAGAAGGCAGAGAGUUUGACUGUUCCAGCAUUUUCAGCCACGUGGUCAAGUACCUGCCAGCUUACGCCAGGCCAUGCUUUGUGCGGAUUCAGAAUUCCUCGAGUAUAACCGGAACAUUCAAACAGAUUAAGGUCAAGUUGGUCGAAGAAGGCUUCAACCCAGAUUUGAUUCAGGAGCCUCUGUACUUUCUGGACAAAAAACAAAGGGGCUACAUACAAAUGACACCAGAUAUUUAUAUGUCAAUUGUAUCAGGAAAUAUACAGCUAUGAAUGUACUUUUUCGUGCAUUUUUAACAGCUUCUUUACAAAAAAGGAUUUGUUAAACAAGAUCUCUUUCUCGGAGUCAUCUAAAAAAUGCUCAUUGCCUGUAUUUUUAUAUUAUACAGCCUUCCUUGUUCAUCUUUAUCAAGGGUGCUAUACUAUUCUUACCUACACAAAUAAUGCCACACAAUUACACACUUGGCACCUUACUUGUGAUAUCCAUGAUUGACGCUUGAACCUAGGGGGGUGUAAGGACUUUCAUAAUGUUUUUAACACUGACCUUUCGUCUUGGUUCCUUGUUUAGUCAGAUAAGGUGUUUCUUGUUCUGGUGUUGUUUGCUCAGAGCAACUCCAUGGUCCUCGUUUAUCUACAUGCCCACUAGUGGCUAAAAAGUGUCAUAGCAAGCCACAGAUAAUAGGUUUUAUUCUUUUGCCAAAUCAAAUAAGAGAUUGUGUAUGUUCCACGGGAGAGGGGCUCAAUAGGGCCUCAUGCUGACAGACACCAAUAACACACUCCAAAGGCAAUGAAAAGCCUAGGAAUCAAGACUAGACAGUGAAAACUUUCUUAUACCUGCACUUAGGGAGUGACUGAAUACACUUGACUAUUCAGAAGCAGUGAUGAACCUUCCAAUUAUUUAUAAAUAGCGGGGGGUGACUAUGUAUGAAAAGGGAUGUAAUUCCUCCAUGUAUCACCUGAUAUAGAUAUAAAUACCCUCAAAUCAAAGGGGAUCAAAAGCCUCUUAAUGUCACAUUUAUUUCAUAAUCCAAUGUGCUGGAGUACAGAAUAACUGCACUGUGUAAUAAUAAUAAUAUGGAUAAAGAAGCAUGUUAACUCUAUAACUGUAGGGCCAAUCCACAUCUAAUUAAUCACAAUCCUUAAUCACUCCCUACUCCCCAGCUAGACCACUCCGGUCUGCAAGCUCUGGUUGCCUUAUGGUUCCCCCUCUAUGAGCACCU